AUGUCGUCACAAGAACAGGAAGCUCCGUGGAAAGACAUCGCAAGGCGAAAGCAGGCCGACCGAGCGUCUCGGAUUCCUUUGAAGUGGCAGAUUCCAGCAACCGCAGUGCCUAAAGAUCCACCUCAAGCUAAGGAUGGGCGUCAGAACGUAAUCAAUGUGCCCCGACAGUUCCUCUCAAAAGCAGAAAUCUCAAUCACUGAAGGGUACACCGUUCCCAGCUUGCUGGCAGCCAUAGCCUCACGCACGCUGUCAGCUCAAGAGGUCGCCGAGGCGUUUUCACAUCGAGCGGCUAUUGCUCAUCAGUUGACGAAUUGCCUGACGGAGCCGUUGUUCGAUAGGGCAAUUCAAAGGGCACAGAAGCUGGAUAAAUAUUUUGAAGAGAACGGAAAGCCCUUUGGACCGCUACAUGGGUUGCCCGUCUCUGUGAAAGACACGUUCGAUAUUGCUGGCGUAGACACCUCAAUCGGUCUCGCGUCUCUUUGUUAUAAGCCUGCUAAAGCCAAUGCUCCUCUAGUCGACCUUCUCCUCUCUCUGGGUUGCAUCAUUGUGGCAAAGACAAACAUUCCGCAGACGCUGGCGUCCCUCGAUUCGAUAAACAAUGUCUUUGGUCGCACGAUGAACCCGAUCAACCGUUUGACCACUGCUGGUGGGUCAUCCGGAGGUGAGGGCGUCCUUGUCGCGAUGAGGGGCUCGAUGAUUGGCAUUGGUACAGAUAUUGGUGGGAGUAUCCGUAUCCCUGCGAUGUGCAACGGCAUAUAUGGAUUUAAACCCAGUAAUGGUCGACUACCGUACGGUGGGCAGGCGCUGACUGGGAAUGGGAUGAGCCGAACAAGCAUCCAAGCUGUUGCAGGACCCAUCGGCCGAAGUGUCGAAGAUAUGGAUGCGCUACUGAAAGAAGUUAUGCCACGGGCGAACUUCUGGGGCGAAGAUUGUUACCCAACGCCAUGGUCCUCAUAUCGCAAUCUGAAGGCCAACGGAAGUGGCCAAGCUGGCGAACUUGUCAUUGGUAUCCUUCGCAGUGACGGCAACUGUGCCAUCCUACCACCGAUCUCUAAGCUCCUGGAUGAAGUCUCGUCCGCACUACAGAGCAGACCGAACAUCAAGGUCGUGGAACUGGCAACACCCAAAGCGUGGACGAAAUCUCAGUCUAUAAUGAGCAAGCUGAUGGGCGUUGAUGGUGGCACUGUGAUGGCAGAUCUGAUCUCUUCGACUGGGGAGCCCCUCGUCCCAUGGAUGUCGACCCGUUUCCGCAAGGGCAAGCCUCAGCCUUUGACUCGUGUGGCUGAGCUGCAGGCCCAGCGUGAGAUCUUGGAGCGCGAAAUGCUCCGGAUCUGGACCGAGGAUGAUGCUGAAGGCCGUCGGAGCCAGAAAUUGGACGCCAUCAUUUGUCCGCUCGCGCCUCAUCCUGUGCCCCCAAUCGAGGGAUACAAUGCUGUUGGCAUGACUAGCUCAUGGGUUCUUUUCGAUUACCCUGCCGGCACCCUCCCUGUACGUUCACUUAGCGAAGGCGAUUUGGAGUUGGGCAAGCCGCAGGGCGGAAAAGCACUGAGCUCCUGGGAUGAAAAGAACCGCGAGCUCUGGGACGAAAGCAAAAUCGAUCGACGCGUAUACCUAGGCACCCCGUUAAGUGUCCAGGUCGUCGUGCCGCGGCUCCAAGACGAAAAGUUGAUCGAGGUUAUGGGCUGGGUCGACAAUGUUGUAAAUCGCAAGACUACCCAACGUGAUGGCAAGCCCAAGCUCUAG